GAGCUACGUUCAACUCUACAGCUAUUACACUCUCGUCACGGUCUUCACCGUUAGGCAAUAAGCCCCGCGAUAACCGGACGUGGAGGUGGGCGCAUUUGAUUCGCGGAGGACUUCCGCCAUUCGCCAACUGUACAACAAACAAAGAGAACUGGACAUGCAUUGGUCAGCGUGCACCGGUCGACGGGAAGGAAGGUCAGCCAGACCUAUUCUCCAGACAAAACUCUUUCGCGCCCCAAGCACACAAUCAUGGACUCCCCUCUCCCUUGCCAUAUUUGUGACCGCAUGCGAACGCGUAAUCCUCGGAAGCAUGGAGGGCUUGUGACCGAAGGCGAGGUACAGACCUGUCUCCUUUGCAACCGAGACUUUUGUGCGACCCACAAAGGCAAAUUCGACGGUAUUUGCGAGAUAAACCACGCCUCGUACUUCUGGAAUCAUCAAGAACUUCGUGGUAUCUAUCCGUCACUGGAGGCGAGACAGAAGGCCCUGGAGGAGAUGCAAAAGGUCCUGGAGGAGGCACAAAGCCAUGGAAUCGGACGUGGUUCAGACACGUCACUUUGAAUGAUGGGAUAACUUCUCUUUCCCAUGGUAUCCCACGGAAACUGUAAUCAGGGGUAGAUAGGCGCUCCGCAUGUCGUUGACUGCUUUCGAUCAGCGUGCUCAUGGACCCAUUGCUGCUCCCUGCUUGUAGGCGACAGCCCUUACUACAUAAGUAGUCUCCAGGGUUUUUCUCUACGUAUGUAGCCCAACCGCAUGUGCGCUCUUACUGUAUGAGCUAGAUAUAAGCUUGUGAAACUCUUU